AUGGCGGCCGCGCAGGGCUCGGGCCUUGCCCCGGCCCCAAGGCACGGCGGGGGCAGGGGGGGCUGCCCGCCAGCAGCCGAGGGAAAGCAGAGCUCCUGCCGUCUGAGAUCAUAUAUGGCUUCACAAGAGGAAAAGCAAGCUCAGCCCUUUGCAGACAUCUUCGAUGAAGAUGAAGCUGAAAAAUCCUUUCUGUUGUCCAGGCCCACUUGCUUCAUUAUCUUUGGAAAGCCAGGUUCUGGAAAGAAAACAUUAGCUAGAAAACUAGCAGAAAUAUGGAAAUGCAUUUUCAUAGAAGCUUUAGAAGUAAUUCAAAUGAAUAUUCAUGAAGAAACAGAAUAUGGGCUUAAGUGUCAAGAAUUGCUUUUUAAAGGUCAAAGUAUUUCAGAAGAACUGGUUACAGAAAUGAUUUUGAAAAAGAUUGAGUCACCAGAAGUUGCUCAUUUUGGUUAUGUUCUCAGUGGAUUUCCUUCUCUCUCAGAGGAAUACAUGUCUGUUUCACAGCAAAUAGAGAAAAUAAAGAAUCUAAAAUUAAAACCGGAUUUCCUGAUUAACAUUAAGUGUUCAGAUUAUGACUUAUGCCAAAGAAUAUCAGGACAAAAGCAACACCCUGAUUCUGGGCAGGUAUAUCAGAGGAACCAGUGGGAUCCUAACAUUAUUGAAAAGCAUAAGAAAGAGAAAGAUCAGCAUGAAGAAGAGAGUGAAGAAGAAGAUGAAGAGCAGGAAGAAGAGACUGCAGAAGAUCCACUUAGGAUGUCAGAAUUUUUGCAUCAAAUAGUGCAGCGGCCUGAAGACUUUCUUGAAAAUGCAGAAGAAAGAGUUGGAAUGUAUAAGGAUAUAAUGCUUCGUCCUUUAGAAGACUUGAUGGCUGAACAGGAUUGCCAGUAUCUUAUUGAAGUUGAUGGAAAUCAGCAACCAGAUGAUCUCUUUGUAUCAGUAGUAGUUCGACUUCAAUCUCUGGGUGUUCGAAAUGCAGCUCCUAUAACUAGACUUCAAAGUCAGCAAGAAGAAAUACUGGAGGGACUGGAAAAUGAUGAACUUUUCCGGGUUCUGUCAUCUUACAAACUAAUAGCACACAGAUAUCGAUGGCGUAGAAGCAGGUGGGGGCAAGCAUGUCCUGUGGCUCUAAAGGAAGGUGAUAUUGUAAUGGGAAACCCAGACUUGGCUGUCAGUUUUCUAGGAAAAAUGUACGUACUGUCGUCCCCAGAGGCAUUGAAAACAUUUAUGUUGAAUCCACGGCCUUACCUGUUACCACCAAUGCCACUUCCUCCUUGUAAAGUACUAGUAUUUGGUCCUCCAUUCUCUGGAAGAACAACUAUUUGUAACCUAAUUGCACACAAAUAUAAAGGAAAGGUUCUUGAUAUGGCCAAACUAAUUCAACCCCAUAUGGAAGAAUCAAGAGAAGAAAGCAUUGAGCAAGUGCGAAGGGAUACAGUAGAAAAGGCCAUAACAGCAGUGAAAAAUAGGUUGGAAUUAGAAAAACAGUCAAGAGAAUCAGGAAUAUCAGAGAUAACUGCUGACCACCCAGAAGUUCAAGCAAUGGUAGAAGAAGCCAUAAAAAGUGCAUCAGUCUCUGAAGUUACACUGUCACCUGAAAUAUAUGCUGAAGUAUUGGAGAGAGCUAUUGCAGAGCUUAUGAAGAAGAACAAAGACAGGUUUCCUGGUGCUCCAGAAAAAGGAGGAUGGGUAGCGGAUAACUACCCUCUGUCAGUAGAUCACUGGUCAGCUUUGUCAGAAAAAGGACUCCUACCUGACACUGUUGUCUGUCUGAAGGAUACAGAAAAAGAUGGAGCCUGUGUACUACGCAGGACAUACUUAGCAAAUAGGGAUGAAAUUAAUUCUAAGAUUUUGAAAAGACUAACAGAUGAAGCCUUAGAAAAGAAAGAAGAUGAAGAAGCAAGAAAAGAAAUGCAAGAAAUACUGACAUCAGAGGAAGACCAAUCUCUAGAGGCUGCUGAGGAGAAAGGUGAAAAAUUUGAAGACAAUGAUGAGCAGCUCCCACCUGAAACUGAACAAAUGCCCCAGAAACAGUCCACUGACUCUGCAGGUUAUAAGGAAGAAUCUAAACCUACAGAAAUCAUACUACCUGAGUUUGCAGAGGAUGAUUUUCCAGAUAUACCAGAAAUGGAAAUAAUUAAAAGGAAGAUUGACCUUUUCAUGCAUGACUGGCAAACCGUGGAGUCAGAAAUCAAGCAGUCAUCUCUAGUUCAGGUUGUUGUUUUAGAGAUUGCUGAGCAAACUCCAGAAAGUCUGCUUAAUCAGACUGUGCUGGUUAUGGAAAAGCCUUUUAAAUAUCAUGGUUGGGAAUUAUCUGCUGAAGACUUAGAUGAGGAAGCAGAAGAUCUGGCUGCUGAAGGGGAAGAUGAAGAAGUUGAAGAAGAGGAAAAUGAAAAUGAAGAGGAUGAAGAAAAAACUAAGGAAAAUAAAAGGCACAUGGGAGACACAAAACACUUUUGUCCAGUCAGUCUGAAAGAGAACUUUGUCCUUUACCCAGGACGCUAUGAACAUGCAGCUAAAUAUCAAGAAAAGAUGUAUUACUUUUCAACUUCUGAGUACAGAGAUAAAUUUUUGAAGAACCCUGAGGAGUAUGUGGCUCACAAUGAACCAAUACAAGCUCCUCCUUUACGGGUGUGUCUACUUGGGACUCACGGAGCAGGUAAAACUACUUGUGCACGACGGAUAGCAGACAAAUUAGGCAUUUUCCAUAUUCAGUUUGAAGAAUAUCUACAGGAACUGAUCUUACCCAAAACUAAAGAGAAAGUUGGGCCCCAUGUUGAUGAAGAACCUGAAGAAGAUGACAGUAAAAUGCCAAUUCUAUCACAGGAACUGGAAGACUUCUCUCAGACCAUGACUAAAACUGAGACUGAAAAAAGCAAACAGGAAGUGGAGUUAACUGAUGAGGAAGAAGCAAUCAAAGCAAAUCUAAUGGAUAAUGAGGCACUACCUCCAGAAGUCCUUGAUAACAUUGUUCUUGACUGGUGGAGGAAAGAGCCAUUUCGGUCUACAGGAUUUAUACUGGAUGGUUUCCCUCGUACUUUAGAUGAAGCCCAGUAUUUGUCAGAACGAGGACUCUGUCCUGAAGUUGCAGUUUAUAUUCAAGUAGAAGAAAGUGAUGUUCUUGACCGUCUUUUUCCUCCACGUCUGAAAAAAUGGAAAGAAAGACAGAAUAAAAAAAUGGAAAAUAAAAAGAGACUGAAAGACCUGAAAGCAAAAAUAAGGGAUGAGAGGAUUGCUAGAAGAAGAGAAGAACUUUUAGCAGAAAAAAACCAAAAGAAACAGGAGGCUUUAGCAAAUAAGGACCAUUAUGAAGCCACUGAGGAGGAAGAUGAGAAUGAAAAUGAAGAUGUUGAAGCUAUACUUGAAGAAGAGUUUUUAGAAGAAGAAGAAGAAGAGGCUGAAGAAGAACAGGAGAUUGAUGCUGUUGACCGCAUACAAAAUGAAAUUGCAGAAAAAUUUGAUUCAGAACUAGACGGUUUACAAGGUGUACAGGAAGAACUUGAAAAAUUGUUAAUACCACAAAUUGAGAUCAAUGGAGGACGGAAGCCUCACAUCGUAUGCUACCAAAUAUAUAGCAAGCUGAAUUCUCUAAUGGAAAAUCGUGCAAGCAUUUUUGAGAAAUGUUACCCAAUAAGUUUGCCACUUGCACAUAAGAUGCUAGUUUUCUCGUAUAAAUUUCCAAGUUCUUUUGGUCAGUGGGACCCAAUCAAGCUAAGUGAAGGAGAUGUAAUCAAGCCACAACAAAGCCGUGGAAACACAGUCUUUCCUGUAAUCCAUCGACAAUACAUUUAUUUCUUUUCAAGUAAAGAAAAUAAAGAAACAUUUAUGAAAAAUCCCAUCAAAUAUAUUCGUCAGCCAAAACCUAAACCAGCUGUGCCAGUUAAGAUUGCAAUUGUGGGACCUCCAAAAUCUGGAAAGACUACAGUUGCCAAGAAAUUUGCAAGUGUAUAUGGGUUACUGCGCCUGAGCAUAGGAGAUGCCAUACGGCUAGUGUUAAACAAUCAGCCGGAGAGUGAGUUGGCACUUCUGUUAAAGUGGCAUCUUCACAAAGGACUGACCGUACCUGAUGAACUGGCCAUCCAGGCUCUUGAUGUGGCUCUGAUGAAUCACGUGUGUAAUACCACCGGAGUUAUAAUUGAUGGAUAUCCUGUAACAAGAAAACAAGUAAACCUCCUGGAAUCAGCUAGGAUUAUUCCAGUGAAAAUCUUUGAAUUGGAAAUGGAUUCAAAGGAAGUGUUCAGAAGAGCACUGUUGGAUAAGGAAAGCACGAAUAGACCUUUCUACCCUGAACAUGACAGCUCACAGAUUCUAGCUAUUAAAAAUUCCUGCUAUAAACAGCACAUUGAUGCAAUUAGGACUUACUAUAAGAAGGAGCAUCAGAACUGGUGUGUGAUUGAUGCCUUUCAGAGCAAGUGGUGGAUCUGGAACAAAGUACUGCAGGAAGUUCAAGUGGUUGUUAAAGAAAUCCAGAUAUACCUGGAAAGAGUAAAAGAAGGAAAAGCAGCUGGCAUUGCUGAUUUAUGUAUCACUCCUGAAGAGCUGCAGUAUCGGCUGGGGGAGUUUGGACAGUACUGUCCCGUCAGCCUUGCAGAAAAGGGUGAACUGGUUGACUGCUCUGUAAUGUCAUCAUUGCAGUUUGCUGCGGAAUUCCGAGGACACUAUUACAAAAUGGCUUCACAGGAAGAACUGGACAAAUUCUUGAGCAGACCAGAGGUUUAUGUGCCACCGCUGGCACCUCACCCUCUCCCACCCCCAGAUAUGCUACCAGAGAAACUGACAGCGGCAGAAGUGAAGGCCUUAUUCCCUAUAAGUGCUGAAAUGCAGGGAUACUGUCCAGUCACUUACCUAGAUGGAAAACAGAGAUAUGAAGCUUUGGUGCCUGGCAACAUCGAGUACGCAGCAAAAUAUCAAGAUAAGGUAUAUAUUUUUGAAAGUGAAGAAAAACUUCUGAAGUUUAUGAGAUUACCAGAGAAGUACUGGAAUCUGAAGCUUCCACAUAAACUCCCUCCAGUAAAGAAGCCAAUACUCCUCACUGCACUUCCUUUGGCUGGAUACCUUGAACAGGGAGUAGCAACUUCUCUAAUAAAAGCUCUGAAUGAAGUAGGCUGCUUAAAGCCGAAGUUUCCAUUCCUAAGUGUAAAAAAAACUGCUCUGCUGUUUGUCGCCUGCCACUUAAAAGAUAACAUGAAGACAAAUUUCUGAUCAUACACAUCUCCAACAACACAUCAGCUACAUAUGUAAAUGAGAGGUCUGUUUGUAUUUUUGUAUUGAAAAACAGCUUAAGUGCACAUAGAACACCUGUCAUUUUCAAAAAAGCUCUUCUUUAGCAUGGGCUCAGUACUGACACACUAAGUUACACAGGACAGAAGAACAGAUGUCCAUGCAGAUUUAAUUAGAUUUUUAAGUUUUUAGCACAGAGAAAUGAAAUGUUAUUUAUCAGCCUCCUUAUUUGUGAAAUUUUCUGGGAAGAUCUGAAUAUUAAUGUGGUUCAGAGUAUCAGUAUGUUGAUUAUAUUUAACUUCUUUUUUUUAUUUAAUCCACAGUCCAAUUGACCACCUUACUUUUCCGUAACAAAGAUAAACAGUCCAAAAUUAAAAUUAGGUGGUUUGUACUCAGCCCACAAAAUAAUGAUAAAGUAAAACAUCUCAU